AUGGGCAUCUUAGAGACUAAACUUACUGAGGAUAAGCUAAUGGAAAUGAUGAAUAGGAAAGCAAGAACAUGGGAGCAAUUAAAUAAUUUCGAGACACAUAGGGGUGGAAGGAUUGCAGUGAUAUGGAACCCGAAAAAGAUUCAAGUCCAUUGGGCUCAGAAAAGUCCCCAAGCUGUGCAUUGCAUAGGUAAAUGCAAUGUUAUUGGAAAAAAAUUUUUAGUUAGCUUCAUAUAUGGUUUCAAUUCUCUGGUGGGGAGAAGGGAGUUGUGGAAGGAUUUAAUUCAAACUGGGAAUAACCAGCCAAUGCCCUGGGUCGUUUUGGGGGACUUCAAUUGUGUUCUAUGUGCUGAGGAAAAAAGGAAUGUUGUCCCUCCUACUGUGUACAAGAUGAAGGAUAUUAGGGACUGUUUCCAGGAAGCAGGUCUGGUUGAUAUGAAUUUAGAAGGUAAUUUUCUUACCUGGUCUAAUGGUAUGGUGUGGUGUAAAUGGGACAGGGUGAUGAUGAACCAAAGGUGGAUAAUGGAAGGGUCGAAGGUUAUGGCAGACUUUCAGCUACCUGGCAUUUUAUCUGACCAUUCAGUGUGUCAAGAAAAUCUAUUUGCAGAGCAGAAUUUAGGUAAAGCCCCCUUUAAGUUUUUUAACAUGUGGAUGAAUCAUGUGGACUUCCAGAAUUCAGUAGUGGAAAUUUGGGCAAGGCAGUAUGAGAGUAAUAACCAGUAUCGAUUGACAAGGAAGCUUAAAGACCUUAAAUUACCUUUAAAGGCUUUGAACAUGCUCCACUUGUCCCACAUAUUGAGCAGAGUAGAGAAAGCUAGUGCAGAGGUUGUUGAAAUCCAAGAGAAGCUCCAAAACAGCCCAUCCUGUCAAGUUCUGCAGGGGAUAUAUGUGGUAAAGAAAAGGGAAGCUGUCAUGCUAAAGGAGGCUAACAGACAAUUUCUUGCACAAGUGGCAAAGUAUAGAUAUUUUAAAAAUUAUGACAGGGGGACUUCAUACUUUCAUGCUAUCCUCAAAAGAAACAGGGCCAGGAAUCAUAUUACUUCAGUGACUAAACAAAAUGGUGUUGUUACUGAAUCUUAUGAGCAAGUUGGAAUAGAAUUUGUGCAGUACUAUCAACAUCUGCUGGGUGAGGAAGUGAGGUGUGAUAAGCUGGAUGAUCAAGUGAUCUCAAGAGGGCCGUUUGUAAAUAAGGAAGAGAGACAACAAAUGAUUGUGCCUGUAACUGAUGAGGAGAUAAGGGAGGCUUUAUUUAGUAUUGGGGAUGAAAAAUCCCCUGGGCUUGAUGGGUAUUCUGUAGGAUUCUUCAAGAAAGCUUAG